UAGUAGUUUGGUCGAGUGUUGUCCGACGCGGCUCAGUCGCCCGCUCGCCUCUCCCGCACUACCGCGAUACACACCACGGUGUAGCAGCUCCGCGGCGACGUCGCUAUUGUCCGAGCGUGACCGUCCACCUCCAGCUCGCCUGACACCGGCACUGACACUCGAACCCGACAGACGCAAUAAUGGUGGCACUCCGGACAGUCGUGUGGCUCUGCGUGCUGGCGGCCGCCGCCGCCACUAGCGUGCAGCAAUGUCCAGGUCAAAACUUAGAAAACCUCAGUGACAGUGUGCAGUUGCUGUCAUGCAAGAAACUACCGUGCCGCCUCAAGAAAGGGACCAAGCAAGAAAUCACUAUCACAUUCACACCAGAGGAAGAAAUCCAAAGUGUGGUCAACCAAGUCAGUGCGGAGGUGUUUGGUGUACCGUUGCCGUUUGUCGGAGUCGACGGACAACCGAUUUGCGAUAAGAUCUUCUUGGAGAACGGUGACAAAGCUUCCUGUCCCCUUCAGAGUGGAACUAAAUACACCUACAAAGACUCUUUCCCUAUCCUAGACUUCUAUCCCUCGAUACCUGUGCGAGUACACUGGGCGCUGGCGAAGAAAGCAGACAGCAAAGAAAACAUCAUAUGCUUCGAAGUACCCGCCAGAAUCUCGUAAUUUACACAAACAGCCAAGUGUACCUUACUUUUUAGAUAGUUUAAUAUAAAUUAGCAAGUAGGUAAUGUUCUUUUGAAUUUAAAUGAGACAAUGUUGAAUGAAUUUUAUCGAAGUACUUGCCAUGGAGUCCGUUCAAAUAGUCUCAUUUAACUGUGGUAUACAAGUAAAUCACAAAAUGUGUUAUUUUAAUUCUAGUAAUGCAGGCGAUGCCAUGAAUAAAUAAAUAAUGGUUUUUAAUCACUUUUUCAAACAUAUUCUGUAUCUGUUUACUAAAUGACAGAUUGUGUAAUUUAUUUCGUCAUUCGUGGAAUUGUUAAGAUGUAAGCGAUUGUAAUAAAAGUGAUAAAUUAUAUGUUUGAUAUUCC